AUGCGUAAUGAACACCAUUUCAAAUACCAUUUUGAUGUUAUCAAUCCCGUGUGUCUCUGUGUGUGUAGGGGUCGAGGUGGGGGGGGUCCGUGUUUGCGAUUUGAACCUUUGGUACCUACAAGGAGGGUGUCUCACCGAACGGUAGUUAAAACCUCACCAGAACCGCGCGGAAGUGAGAAGUCGCGGCCAAAGGCGCCCGCAGAAGCCUCCUCUCUGGGCCGGACCCCAGCCCGAGCGGCCGAAAGGAGCCCCCCGCCCGGAUCACAGCUGCUGCAGCUGCCGCUGAAAUUCGCUGUGGCCGCUGCCUCUUCCCGCUUUAAUCCCAGACCUCCAGUCAUUGGGCAGCUCCUCAGAGGCAAGAAGUCAACACCAUGGCAACCCGACAAGCCUAUCAAAUCACCGGCUGGCGUGACAGCAGCAACACUGCAGGCAGGAGUGGGCUGGGCGGAAGAGCAGAGUGGCCACUGCGCUCAGAACUUUACAAGGAAAGGGGAAAUGUCUGAAAUGGAGAUUACACAAUCCUGUCUUGAAGCAGAAGACUCAGCUAGAGCACAUCUGGAAACACCCAGCAUUCCUCAAUAUAAUUCAAACGAUAUUUUAAAAGAGUCAAUUUCUAAGAAGAUGUGGUUCGAACAUACAGAGCUACAUAAUAUGAGUAAAAUAGGACCUAACAGUAGUGUUCUCCAGGAUUGCUCUGCCUUUCCUUUUCUGGAUGUAACAACAUUACUAAGAAAGGAAGAAAAAGCAAAAAUCUGCUCUCAGGGAGAUUCCAGCAUGAUGGAAAGCCCCAAAUGGAAGUCUUUGCUUUGGUUACAGGACAUAAGAUUUAAUAAAUAAAAAGAUGCUCAUCUGGGGCGCUGCACCAAUUAUCAUGUAUUAAAUAAGGUUACCUAUUUCACUCUCCAUGUAGAAAUGUCUAUCAUAAGCAUGUGCCACAGAAGGUCUCACAAGUAUCAUUAUUGGCUGUGUUGAAUUUUGUUUUUAGUUCUGUUUUAUAAGGUCUGUAGUCUUACUUUCAGUGAGGAAGUGUUUUCUCAGGUUCUCAAGAAAGUAACAAAAUGCCAGCAUUGUCAAGGUCACCAUUGUCACUGAAUUAUCUUACUGUCUGAUUAUUCCAUCUUCCUCUGCAUCAUAUUAGCCUGAUGACUACGUUCUAAUUAUUUAAAGCGUUAUGUAAAUCAAAGCAGUAAAUGUAAUUUCUAGUCUUACUAGAUAUCAUGUACAUUAGGUCGAAUAACUCUGGAAAUGUCGUCAUAAUCAUGUCAUGCCUAAUGAUGACCUACUCAGCCCCUGCCAACAUCAUUCAAUUACUCAUUUCAGCAUUGAUUUUUCUCAUGCCUCUCUUCAUGGCAUUUAAACAGCCCUCACAUCUCCCCUUUUACUGAGGUGUAAUGUUGUAUAAUGACAGAGAUGCUUUGCUUCCCAGAUUCAUAAUGUUACACUGUUUCAAAUCCUUGUGGAGACAAAUUGGGGAAUCAAUAUAUAAAUAAUGACACACUUAUUUUUAAUUAAAAUCACCGCUUUCACAGAAAUGGUAUAUUAAAAUUAUUUUUGCUAAAACAAUUUUAAAUGCCUAUGUACAAUAAAAAGACCGCCAAUCCUUGGGAUCAAGAAUAUAAUUUGCCCCAAAUAACUUUUCUAUGAAAGUAGAAUUCUUAAUGGAAAAUAGAUUAAUACAUAUAAUUUCAAGAUCUAACCUUAAAAAUGGAAAUAAUUGUCUAUUUUUAAAAAUAAAUCAUAUUUGCAUACA